AUGAUAAGAUACUUCCUACUUUUGGCACUGUUUGGAUUGGCUGCGGCUAGCGUUAGCAGCAUCUGCCCUUCGGAAGGAAUUCGGAACGUUCCUCUACCUCUGUGGUCCACUCGCUAUGUGACAUGCGUUGAUGGAAUCCCUACUCUGAGUAAAUGUGAACCAGGAACACAGUUUGAUGCCAACUACGGACAGUGUGUUAUGAUCGCGUCGGUGCAGAAUGAAAGUGCAGAAUUUGUAUGUCCCGAAACGGAUGACCCCUCGGAGCCAAUGUAUGUGCCUCAUCCAGGAAGAUGUUAUGUAUAUUUUAUCUGCGUCAAUGGUGUGGCGUAUGAACAGAUAUGUCCUGAUGGAACGUACUUUAACCCUAUCCUGAGAGUGUGUGAUCUUCAAGAGAAUGUUGAUUGCCCCCAUUAA